UUGUUUCCCAUUCGAUGCUCAAUUCUCUCUAUAAACGCCUCUCUCUCUCUCUCUCUCUCUCUCAUCACUUCACUUGAAUGAAAAGAUGACGCAGAGCCGAUUCCUGUUGCCAAUUCCUCGGCGAUACUGAGCAUGGGCAAGGCGUCUAGGUGGUUUCGGUCGCUUUUAGGCCUAAAAACCUCGCCGGAAUAUUCGAAGAAGGACAAGAAGAAGCGAACAUCCAGUAGAUCUUCUACCGGCAAUGACCACAAAUUCGGCGGCGCCCGAGGCCUCUACGUCCACGCGGAAGAAAUGGAAGCCAACGAGCACGCGGUAGCGGUGGCGGCGGCGACCGCGGCGGUGGCGGAGGCGGCACUGGCGGCGGCGCAUGCAGCGGCGGAGGUUGUGCGGCUGACGAGUAGGGCAACUGCAGGGAGUGACCGGCGCCGGGAGUUGGCCGCCGUGAAGAUCCAGUCGGCGUUCCGAGCUUAUCUGGCUAGGAGGGCUUUGAGGGCACUCAAGGGACUGGUGAGGCUUCAAGCAUUGGUCAGAGGCCACAUUGUGAGAAAGCAAAGCGCUGAGAUGCUACGCCGAAUGCAGGCCGUGGCCCGAAUCCAGGCCCAAGCUUCUGCCAAUCGGGCUCACCUUAACCAGCCUCCACCACCACCCGUUACUACAAAGUCUGAUCGUUCCCCUGCGUUGAAGAGGUCCCAAACAAAAUCGAAGAUAAAGAAGAGUGUGCACUUAGACAAGGCUCCAGUAUUGGGUCUGAAUUGGCUAGAGGUAGAGCUAGAGAGAUGGACGAAAGAAUGUUGUUCACGCACCAGCCAAGCUUAUGCGUCGCUGAAAACUGGACGUGCCGAUGAUGAUGAUGAGAGGAGCGACAAGAUCCUGGAAGUGGAUACAUGGAAGCCUCAUCAGUUGAGCUCCAGGCUCUUGAGGACACCGCAGCACGCCCCGCAAUGUCACAAGAAGAACCUAAGCGUGUCUUCUGCCGAGCCCUUGUCCUUCAGAUCCCUAAAACUCCCAGGUGAUGGCCAAGUCUCUUCUGCCUCCUCCUGUAGACCCGCAAGCAGCGGCAGGAGGAGAGGUCUGUUUUCGCCUGCCCGGAGCGAGUUCUCCAGAGCCUUCCAUGGCGAUUACUUGGCGUACCCGAACUUCAUGGCUAACACAGAAUCAUACCUGGCAAAGGUCAGGUCCCAGAGUGCUCCGAGGGAGAGAUCUCAGCCCGAGAAACUUGGCCGGAAAAGAGGUUAGUUUGACAAUGGCAUCAUCAUCCAUUGUCGAAGAUGGUGAUCGGACCUUUUCUUCUGAUUGUGAAAAGAAAAUUCUAUAUGUAGCAGUUGUAUUCAAUUGUGGGUUGGAUUGUAAUUGGCUUGUUAAUAUUCCUGCGGAAUGCUUGUACAAAUAUCAAUAUAUGCAUGUGUGCGUGUGCGUGUGCGUGGAUCAUAGGAAUACUACUAUUCUGUAUUCCGGAACUGUGUUGUUGAUACCCACCUGUGUUUUGUACAUUCUCAAGAACACAAAGAUGAAGCCUCUAAUUUGCAUCUAUUUUUUCUUUUACGGUAAGAAUUAAGGAAUUAUACAACU